UGAAUGCCAGUGUUUAUUUGGUCGAGCUGUGAUUUCAAACGCAGAUUGCCAAGGGAAUUCAAAGGACAAUCAUCGACGGUCGAAAGAUUUGGUACCUGAUUACAAUUAGCAUACAUCGUUGCAGAUCGAAACAGAAACUGGAUUGCUCGGCUGAUAAAUAACAACCAGCUCCUUAGUCAAAUCGACUCUCGUGAAAAAAAAACCUCUGCUUUUCGUCCGAGGCACAAGCACGCAGAACACAGGAAGCCAUGAAUUUCGCAACAAAGAUUACAGUUCUGUUAACUCUGAUUUGUUUGUGUGAAAUGAGUUACGCGAGAAAAGGUUCGAAACAUCGCAAACAUCCGGAAAAAUCGAACUCCUCGGAAAUGGACCAAAGGAACUCUGCGAACGGAUCCGUCGCGUUUGGAUCGCAAGGAGAAACCACGACAAUGCGGACGUCCGUACCUUCAAAGGCCCCCAUUAAAGUCAGAGUGGUUUCUAAGACGUCUAGAAGGAAACACAUGAUCAAAAGAUGUUGCCGAAUCGGCUACCGCGCUGCUAAAAGGGGUCUGUACUGCAUGGUAGACAGGUACUAUUCCGCUAAGUACAGAAACAUGGAGCAUUACGCACGGCAGCGCUUCCAAGGGCGAAAACCGUCGCGGGCAACGAAACGUUUCAUGCAUCAUUUGGACAGAUAUUGCAUCAAACUUCAGCUCAAGAGCGUAUUUUACAAGUGUUGUGAUGAUGGAAUGCAAAUUAAACUCCAGAACGCAAGAUCCAACCGAGAACCUUAGAGGCACCAUCAUCAAAUAUAGUCAGCUGGGAACGUUAAUUGUUGUACUAAGUAAUGUCAACACUGAAGGAGUCAGUAUUUUGAAGUGAUAAAUUGUGUGUUUUACGAACAGAUUUUGUGUAUAAUUCAUUUUAAAAGUCGAAAAGGCACAAAGGGCCAUGAAUGUAACUAUGUCACCAGUGAAUAAGUUGUAGUUUUUUUUUGCUUUCGGAAUUUUCUUUCAAUAUCGUGUCUCUUAUGGAAUCUUUUCAGUGGCGGCUGUUUUAUUCCUGCAGAAACACUCAGAUGUUGUCUCCUCAAAUACGUUAUUUAAAGUUCUCAGGUAAUCUGAUCUAUAUAUUGUCCUGAGAGCUUGCAAGAUCUGUCACUCCUAAAGUUUGAAGUUUUUCAAUAGGUAUAGCAGUUCUCUUGUUUCUCAUUCAAACAGACCUUUCCAGAUGAUUUUAGUAAAAUUCUAGGUCUCGUCAGAAAUUUUAGUAGGAAAAAAAUAAGUUGAAAUACGGGAAGCGCGUUAAGUAUUUUGUAUAUACAUGAUACAAGGUAGCUGUGUAAGGAGGUGCGACUGCCUUGAGCCCGUGACACCAAGCCUUGUCCACGUGUAAAAAAUGUUUGUAGUUGGUGGUGAAAUAUCAAAUUUCAGUCCUUUGCAUGUGUUAAGCUUAACUGUAAAGUACAGGCCGUAUUUUCAUAAGUUGGUAAUCACUUUAACUGUAAAUAAAGACCCUGCAUUUAAUUAGA